CCAAAACUAAUUGACCGAACCGUCCUUCGCGUGCUUCACGAUCUCCACGAACCCGAUCAUCACGAUGUAUAUCCCUCGACGGUCUCACGACCCCAUCUUAAAUGGCCGCCAAUUGUCACCAGAAUUCCCGAGUCCAAAGAUGUGUCGGAACGUGCAGGCGUCCAUGCCCAUUCACUGACAGCUCCAGCUGCCGACGCAAUCCAAUUCGAUGAAUCAGUUUGCGGUUCCUACCCCUGUCGCUUUCUUCUUCCCCUUCGUAUUGCUGAACAAGAACCGAAAGCCCAUCUGCAUCUUCAGCAACUAGCUAUUCUCGCAAGUAACUUGAAACGCACUCUCGUUCUUCCGAAUGUAGCAAAUAAUCGCAUAGGGGCUUGCUCAAAAUGGCCGCUCGAUUCAUAUUACGACGUGGACCUGCUUAGAAGCUCCCUCCCCGCUAUCAGCACCUUGCCUUUCACUGUAUUUGACAAUUGGAGCGAAACGCGACCCAUCUUACCUACAAGCAAAGUCAUCUCUUUCAGCGCUAGCAAGAGUGGCGAACGAGAUUCGCUACCUGAUCCACUCGCUGACGAUGAUUUCAGCGUCAAUUAUGAUCUCGCAGACCACAAGGUCGCUUCCUGCAUACACUCCAAGUUUCCUAGACUCCACCAAAGCCCGUCUAUAAUUUCCUUCACCUUCUAUCGCAGCCACCCAAAUAGGCCAUCGACAAGCCAGCGUAUCAUACAGAUUCUCUCAGAGGCUGCAGACUCCGUGGAAUAUUUCUCAGACGAGCUUGCCGCGCUCCGAAAUUCUGACGUGAUAGCCAUCGAGUGGGACCUGCGCCACCCAAUCUUCCCUGAGCCCAACAUAGACCUGCAGUACUCUCAUGCACUGGUUGAGCUCGCAGAGAGAUUAGCAAGCUUCACGGGACCUUUUAUCGCAGUGCAUUGGAGACUAGAACACGUCCCGGUGGAAAACCUUGCGUGGUGUGCGGCGUCACUCGUCUCUACUCUUCGUUCAGUGCUCGGCGACGAUGCCUCAGGGCCUCAACUGGUUUGGUUCGCGACAGACUAUCACCACCUUUUAGAAGGCUCAGAACAGCCAAGCGGUGCGAAAACUAAAAGCGCGAGGCCUGGGACUUUCCGGACUGUUACGCCCGAGCACAAGGAGGCCAUGGACAUCAUUCAGGACGCGUUCCAGAUAGGCGGUGAUCUAGAGGGAUAUGGAAUGAUUGACCUACUAUCGCAGAUAAAAAGAUUGAGAAUGCUCGAGGGGAAUGUUCAGUUUGAAGAUGAGGUCCUGGAAGACUCAGGAGUU